UUCGAUUUUCCCCUCUCCAGACAGACACACGCCAGAGCUUGGACAUAACAGACGCUACGCCAAAAACGCUGCUCUUCGCCUACUUGGGUUGGCUCGCUCCAUUCAAACGCAGGCAUAAAGGAAAAAAAUUAACUUUCUUGUUCGGGCUCGGCGGCCAUCUUGGUGGUGGAAGAAAAUUUUGUGUGUGAAGUCAGUGCGCCCAAAGUGGGAAAAAGUCUCCGGAAAGUGAAGCCGAUUUUGCGGUGCGGUGUGCUUGAUUAGAGUGAUUCGGUGAAAUUAUAACUGAUUUAUUGAAAAAUGGGCGAUUAUCAUCACGAUUCGCUUGGAACCACCCAGCUGGACAUGGGCGGCAAUCCGGGAAUGGUUCUGCGGCGUGCCUUCGAUCCGACCGCUCACGAUUUGGAAGCUUCGUUCCGAUUGACGCGUUUUGCCGAUCUGAAAGGCCGCGGCUGCAAAGUCCCGAAGGAUGUGCUGGAAAAGUUGGUCUCCUCACUGCAGCAGGAUUACACUCAGGAUCCGGAUGCCGCCUACCUGUCCAUGUCCUCCCCGCGGAUCGGAAUCGGUCUGGAUUGUUCCGUGAUUCCGCUGCGGCACGGUGGCCUCUGUAUGGUCCAGACGACGGACUUCUUCUAUCCGAUUGUGGACGAUCCGUACAUGAUGGGAAAGAUUGCCUGCGCCAACGUUUUGAGUGACCUUUACGCCAUGGGAGUGACCGAGUGCGACAACAUGCUGAUGCUGCUGGCCGUCAGCACCAAGAUGACCGAAAAGGAACGGGACGUUGUCAUUCCACUCAUUAUGCGAGGAUUCAAGGAUUCUGCUCUAGAGGCCGGUACGUCGGUUACCGGAGGCCAGAGUGUGGUCAACCCAUGGGCAACGAUUGGUGGAGUUGCGACCACAAUUUGCCAGCAGAAUGAAUUCAUCGUUCCGGAUAACGCCGUCGUGGGUGAUGUGCUUGUCCUGACCAAGGCCCUCGGAACUCAAGUGGCCGUCAAUGCUCACCAAUGGCUGGAUCAAUCAGAACGCUGGAAUCGUAUCAAGCUGGUCGUAUCCGAGGAGGAUGUUCGCAAAGCCUACCAUAGAGCAAUGGACUCCAUGUCCAGGUUGAACCGAAUUGCCGCUCGAUUGAUGCACAAAUACAACGCUCACGGCGCCACGGAUAUCACCGGAUUCGGUCUGCUGGGUCACGCCCAAACCCUGGCAUCGCAUCAGAAGAACGACGUUUCCUUCGUCAUCCACAAUCUGCCGGUGAUCGCAAAAAUGGCUGCUGUGGCCAAGGCCUGCGGUAACAUGUUCCAGCUGCUACAAGGCCACUCGGCGGAAACUUCCGGAGGAUUGCUGAUCUGCUUGCCACGUGAACAGGCCGCCGCCUAUUGCAAGGACAUCGAGAAGCAGGAAGGGUGCCAAGCAUGGAUCAUUGGCAUUGUCGAGAAGGGCAAUCGCACCGCUCGUAUUAUCGACAAACCACGAGUGAUCGAAGUCCCAGCUAAAGAGUAAGAUCCCAACACUUUGUGAAAACCAUUCUUUCCUUCUUUCAUUAUCCAGUUUGACGAAUCCGACCGACAAGGACUAUCUGUUAAUGAUAUUCUGUAAGUUUCAAAUAAUUCCACAAUCUGAAGUAAAGCUAAACUUAUGAUCACAAUCACAUUACUUGAGCUCUUUUAUCAAUAGAAAAUAAGAAACCCAGAUUCUUUAUCAAACUUAAGUUUCUAAUUAGUGUUUUAACAGAGUAAAGAGAGAAAUGUCAGUCGAGAAAUUGAGAGAGACAGACAUGGCAAGGGAGUGUAACAAACAAACAAACUAGACGUAAGCUCAUUUAACAUUUAAUUUUUCUCAAAAUCCCCAAACUGUAAAC